UCCCGGCUUUAUCGAUCCGCGAAAUCGCCGAUUUCUCGUUUCUAUCUCUAUCUCUGCCUGCAAACACAACCAACGAUGCUGGCGGGAAGUCUCACAUUCCGAGACGAAGUUACCAUUUUAGCCCUCACUUGCCCUUUCCCCAACACACACACACACCACGGAUUUAAUGACGCUCUCUUAUUUCAACGUGUCCCUGACGAAAGCCACCCUCCUCCUCCUUACAGGCGAAGUAAUUCCAAUACUCAGAGAGAGAGAGAGAGAGCAUUAUAUGUAUCUGUACAUAUAUGUAUGUGCAGAGAGAGAGAGAAAUUGGGUUUGGUUUUUGUAACUGAUCUGUAUUCAUUGGAUUUGUGUGGUUGGGUUGUUCUGUGAUGUGCGUUUAGCGUGUGGUCGUCCGUUGAUCUAUCUGUGCAAUCAACGUGUGAUUGCGUAGGCUUGUAGUUCUUUAAUUUCUAUUUCCCGUGUUAUGAAGUUCGGCGGUGAUUCCUUCUUCGUCUCCCUUUGUUAUUCAUCGUCUCUGUUUCUCUCUCAAUUGGAAUGGAAUUCCCUUGAUCAAUUCCCAGGAAUUAAUCGUGGAUUUCAUGGGCAGUGGCAACAAUGGCCGGUUUGUUUUCCCUUUAACAAGUUUGCAAAUUGGGGAUUUGCAGUCUUAUCUGUCACAUCUUAACCUCUUUCUGGCUCCCGAAAGUAAGAAAUUCUAUAUCUUGGUUGACAACCAACCAUGGCUGGAAGACCUUGCACGGCCUGCACAUUUGUGGCAAUUGAUGGUCACUAAGUCUAGGUUGUCCCCCUUUGCAAACACCAGAGGUCGGAAGGGGAAAAAGGAGGCUAGGGAGUUUUUUGAUCUGAAUGAUAGUUCUGAAUCAAACACAAGCAAUUCAAAAAAGUAUAAAAGGUGGUUCACAUUGAUUGAUGCUGUGACAUUAUCUCGGAAGAGGGCCUUGCUUCCUGUAAAGAAACUGAGAACUUCUUUGGCAUUAAAUAGCAAGUUGCGUAGGACCUUGUAUGGUUUUAUAGUUUUCGAAGUUGCAUGGACUGAUGUUCGUGGAAUCAACUAUUUGAAUGAGCUUCAGACCGAUACAUCUCUGGCUAUUGAGGCUAAAUUCAUGAGAAGAUGGGAAUUUGAUAGCAUAGCGCAAGCUGAAAGAUGCAUAUCUUCAUGGUUUCCAGGGACACGCAAUGAGCUGCUUCUACUGAAAAAGCAUCUGGACUCCACGAUAGGAGAGGUGUUCUAUGAUGCUCAUGAAAAUUUUCCUAGAUCUUCUAGUGUUGAUGAUGAAAAUAUGUGCAGUACUGAGUUGUGCACAGAGGGUGAGUCUCCUUACCCUUCAAACAUGGAAGAUGGAACAAGUAUUCUGCACACCCCACCUCCUCCUGAUGGGCCCUACAAGAGAAGAAAAGUAAUGAUGUCUAUCAGGGGCAGAGUUGAAGAUGAUACAUAUUCCGAAGGAACCCGGGGUGAAAUUGUUGGCUCACCAACAGGUUCUCAGAGCUCGUAUGCAAGUGAUUGUGAGGAAACAAUUGAAGAUACGAAGUACAAGGAUGUUUUGCUUUUGUUUCGGUUUAAUGAUCAUGACCUUCCAUUUAAGUUAAGGGAAAUAAUUACGUCUGAUUUGCGAUUGCUUAGAUUAUUGGAGUCUGGGCUUCCAUCUUGGGUUAUAUUCCUUCAGUCGUACCCAGGGUUUUGCCAUCUUUAUCGGCCAUGGAUGUGCCCUCUAGCGAGAGGUUUAUAUGUUCUGAUUUCGAUUAUCACAGUUCUCAUUGGAUUUUAUGAUUUAUACAAAAAUGUCCCAGUUCUCAAGGCAACUGCAUCCCGAUUGUUUGGGCCUCUUUUUGAUUGGAUAGAAACAUGGGAGAUGAUAUCAAGGAUUAAAUACUUGGGGACAAUGUUAUUUCUGCAUAAUUUUGAAAAGGCUGUUCAGUGGUCCUUGACAAUUACGCGUACCACUCGAUCAUUUAUUUCGGUUCUCACACAACCAAUGGCAGGGCCAUUUCUGGAGUUCCUUAUUCCUCUUUCAAAUAUCUGUAUACAAGUAGCAGAGACUUUCAGUUCAGUCAUUUGGAUUGUGAUUGGGUCUUCUUGCAGUCUAGUGGAGAACAUUGUUGAGAUUGUUCUCUUGCCUAUCUGGUUUAUCCUAUCAGUUUUUUGGAGUAUUGCAAUGUCCAUUAUAUACCCUAUAUUCUGGAUCCUGUGGGAAGCACUCUAUGCUCCAAUUCGCCUGGUUAUUGGACUGGCUAGUCUUGUGACCUUCAUCUGUACUGGCAUAUAUGAUAUGGUUGGAGACAUAUGGCUGUUUGUGAGUAGCAUAUUCCAGUUUGCUUCAAAUGCUGAGGCAACGGUUAGCACAUAUGAGGUUUCUAUGUGGCGUUCGCUUUGGAAUGAUCUUUUCUCCCAGAUUUUUCGUGCAGUUCGGAGUAUUUUAAAUGGUUUUGUAGCCUUCUUCACAGCCUGCAAUAGACACCGUCUGAGCAUUUAUAAUCAUGCACAGGAGUUUAUUCAAAGGCUAUCUCCCCGGGGCAAGAGAUUGUGCUCCCCAGUUUCUAUUCAUAGAGGACGGACUCGCGGCACUCAAAAUAUGGUGAGUUGUCCUAUUAUGAUGUCAUUUCGAGUAAUGAUUUCAGUACUUGCACAAAACUAUAGCUGGUCUGAGCUCUGAGGCUGAGACACAUUAUUUAUAUUUCUCUUCUUCAAUGUUAGUGAGGUACAUUUAAUGUUGAUUCUGAAUGUUGCAAGAUAUAUUUUUUUAAGCUUGCAUGUGUAGAUAAUUAUUGUGAUUCUACCAGGAAAGUAACUCUUCAAAAAUUUACUGCUAUUCCUAGAUAUUAUAGUUAAAAUUUAACUACUGCUACUGAAGGAAAUUGAUCAGAGAAGCAGAAUUUUCACAUUUCCUGGCAUCCUGUUUCAAUCAGUAUUUCAACUUUGUAUUACUGACUACGAACCUAUGUAUCAUGAUAUUCGGGCAUUCUGUACUUCGAAAUUAGAAGCUGACAUACAUGAUCUACCAACAUAACUCAUGAACGUAAACACAUAACAAGAAAAUAUGUUUUGCUGGUGAUGAUUUCUUUGAUCCCUCUUUCUCUCUCUCUCUCUCUUAAGGAGACUUGACAGGUAUUUGAAUUUGACCAACUUAGAUAUUGAAGAUUUGUACUAAAUGCUAUGAUCUUUUUGGCCAAUAAAUAUUGUCUUUUGCCAGAUGUGUUGAAAAUACUAGUUCCACAUCAGUUCAAAUCACUUCGGCCCUUAAGUUGAGUCUACGUCGUCAUCUGCUAAAAAUGGUUUGCAACACACUUUCAAGGAGGAAAAAGAAAGCCAUGCAGAGGAUAUUGUGUUCUUGAUGUUAGAUAUUCUGAUGUUACCGGACAACAGGGGCAAGUUUUACUCACACAAAAGUGCAUUAUUUUUCUCUUACACAUUUCUUCAUUUUGCUUUUUGCAGUCAGAAGCUGAGAGAGGAAGCCAACGUCAUACUGGGUCUCGGAAACAAAGAUGACUCCUCUUUGAAUGCAAGAGAGCUAUUUUCUGUGGCACAUAACUUCAGUAAGCAUAAGAAAGUCUUAACCGAACACUAACCCGGAGGAAACCUUUCUGGGUGUUAUUUGCGGAAUACACAAUUUGCACUGGAUCAAAACCCUGAGGAAUCUGAUUUAACCCAUAGGAAGUUUUUUUUUUUUUUU